AUGAUCAUCACUCUGUUUUUGCUUCUCUGCUCCGCUUCUCCGUCUUUCGAGCUUUAUGUUGUUAAUACGAGUUACGGCCGACUGCGCGGAGUCACGUUCCGAUCUUCUGAUGGCCAGAAAAAUCACAUUUUCAAGGUUUGCUCUUUCCAAAAAGUUGAUACUUUUCAAGAAGGGUUAUGAAAAAUAGUUUCUUUUUUAAAAGGAACUGAGGAAAUUGCAUUCGGAAGUUAUCUGUGCGUUUCGGCUGUAGAGAAGCUGGAUUGAGACCGCAAAAAUUUUCUCUUUUUAAACUUCUUCUUGAUGAAUCUCAAGGUAGCUCUAAAACUCACCGCUUCGUGCAAUUCUGAUUUUUUUUUAAGGCACGGGCUUUUCUAAGACUGGCUAAGAUUUAUACGUACAGUACCGUCAGAAAACAUCAAAAACGCGACUUUGGUCACAACAGUGUUGAAAAUCAUCACAAUUCCAGAAAUUUUCAGAAAAAUUCAGUUCCUUACAAGAAAAUUGUUAUCGAAACUCCAUUUUUUCGUGUCUUUUCUGACGGUACCGUAUAUCUUUUUACUGUGGUUAGCUCUCCUAUUCAGCUGCGUGAAAAAAAUCAGGUCUUGUUCAACUUUGAAAUGACUAAUUUUGACUAUUUGUGUGUAUUAAAGAUUAUCUUCUAAUGCUCGAGUCAUGUGAAAACUUGCAGUAGUUUGAUGAAUUUUUUUCGCUGAUCAGAGACAUUUUUUUUCGAUUUUACAGUAUCAGAUUGAGGAGUCAUGAGUCAAGAGUAAGAAAAAGAAAAUCAAAAUUGUAAUAAAAAAAUCAAAAAAAUCGACCUCAAGCUCGAAGUCACUAGGAAAAAGCGGGAAACCCGCGUCAAUUUUCAAUUUUUUUCACGUAUUUUGAUCUAAGACAUAGUUUUUUUAUAAUAUUAGCUUUCUCAGAGCGUUCCGUUCGUCAAGCCACCAUUAGGCAAGCUAAGGUUCAAAAAACCUGAAGAGGUCGAACCUUGGAAAGGAAUACUUGAUGCCAGUACUUACAGGUUUGCGUUUUUCUUUUAUUUUCAUCCUUUGACUGUUUUACAGCGCUGCUUGCUUGUCCGAUUCUAAAUAUGGAACAUCAAAGCAGAAAAAAAUCAGCGAAGACUGUCUUUAUCUGAACAUUUUCACAAGUGAAAGAUGCCUGGUUUACCCUUUUCUUCCAACAAAAAAAUUUAAAUUUUUUUUCAGAGCUCGCCUUGUCCAGUUUUAAUCUACUUGCACGGCGGCGCAUUCAACAUCGAUUCCGCCGUCAUGUUUCCAGAUCAGUUCAUAAUAGAUCACUACAGCAGUCAAGGUAGACCAUAAUUAUCACUAAUCGCAUCAGUUUUUUGUCCCAGGCAUUGUUUUCGUGAUACCCGCAAUGCGGUUAGGAGUGUUUGGUCUGUUGACUUUUGGCGACGAAGAACAGACGCAUCAAAAUUUACCGGUGUACGGUGAGAUCACGAGGAUCAAGUUUGAAGUUCAACCAAGGAAGAGGUUUCAGAUGCGAUGGCAGCGAUAAAGUUUGUGAGAUCUGAAAUUUCCAACUUUGGAGGAGAUCCAAAGAGAAUAAAUUUAAUGGGCCACUCUUCUGGCGCGAACCUGGCUCUACUUUUUGCCACGUCUAGGUUUAUUGGAAUGAUAUGGAAGGAUUUAUUUUGCCAAAUUUAAGAGGGAAAAAUUUUUUUUCUCUGUGUAAAAAUCAUCAGAAAGCUUCGUGAAACUUGGGAAAACGUGGAAAACCGAUCGCAAAAAAAUAACUUCAGCAUUUUUCAGUCUCAUCGAUCCCGACAUGAAACUCUACCACAGAGUCAUCGCCCUCAGUGCUCCAAUGUUGUUCAAUGAUCAGAAUAAAAUCAUAUCUCGUAGUAUGGAAAUAGCUGAAAACUUAGGAGUUUCCAAAAUUCUAUCUCUGAAAGUAAUACUCUUUUUCCAGUGUGUGGCUGAGAACAGCACUUUCGACAUUUCUCAGGUCGUGAAAUGUCUACAAGAAGUGGAUGCUACCGAGUUAUUAGCAGCCCAAAAAGAAAUGGAGUCUAUUAAUCACCGUUUCACCAACUUCAUAUUCGGCCCUCCAUUUGCUAAAUUCAAUCAAACUUUUGAAGACUACCGCUCGAAAAUCCCGGUAGUUAUUUCUUCCCUUCUGUACAACUUUCGAAUGAUUCAGGGUCGAGACGUAAUGAUUGGAACCACCGGUCAUGAAAUGGGUAGAAGUUUAUCAAGCCAAGAAAACUUUUAUUAUGGGAGCUUCAUGGAUUUUGAGAACAGAGUGGAAGUGGCCGAGAAGUUCGAAGCUGACUACAAAUCUGGAAGUGAAAAAAAAAUCUUAGGAAAAUCAAUGAUUAUUAUUUUCAGUUUUUGAACUCGCAGAUGAAUCCCAAAGUAUUUAUGUGUCUGCUAUUUUGUACUCUGCUGCUCUUACAGCCGCUGGCGGACAUGUUUACUUAUACGAAUCGAGGUUAUUGAUUUUUGAAAAAAACCUUGGACAAAAAGUUUCAGACAGAAACCUCUGCCGAAUCAUGUCAGUGACAUGCGUUAUUUCAUUGGAAUUCAUCGAGAGAGCAAUCGAACCAGCGAUAUGGACAUUCUCGAAUCUUUUUAUUCCAAGAUGCUUGUAAACUUUACUAAAUACGGGGAUCCGUCACCGAGUAAGAUCUUAUGAUUGAAACAUUUGAACUUCAUUACUCAUUUUUGAAACAAACCCAUAUUUUGCAUGGAAUAUACUCAUGAGCGCUUCCGAUCAUUAGCGAUUCGCAUAAGGAAAAAAAAUCUGCAAUCCUUUUAUUAUCUUGAACUUCUCUUGUCUGGUGAACUUUUUAGAACAAAAAAACUUGUUAUCUAUUUUUUUCAAUCUUCAAAAAAAUACACGAAAAGAAAAAAAUUUUUAUUUUAUUUGGAUCCUUAACUUAUGGUUUUUUUCAUAAUCUGAUGUUUGACUAGAAGAAUCAGAUUUUGUUGUGUAGUUUUUUCUCGAAGUUUCAAUUAAAAAAUCACCGUUGUGAGUUCGCGGCUUGUAUUUUAAGUAGGAUCACUCUCCUUACGGUUAUGAAACACCUCAUAUUUAUGAUUUCGAUUCCAGGUUGGGACAUGUACGAUUCUGCAAGACGCAAUUUCUACGCAGUGGAAGUGGACACAAAAGCAGGAAUUUAUCCGAUGAAUAUGGAGGAUUUUCAUAGAAACUAUGCAGAUUAUUGGCUCAUCAAUAUGACCUCCUUCGAUGCUGAUGUCACCUUAAAAGUUAUACUCAUAAACUUCUCCUUGUAAAUAAAUUUUUCAGAAGCUGAAUAAUACCCCGAUUGUGAUUUCUUCGCAUGAUGACAACUCCAGUAGCUUGUUUCCAGCUUGGAAUGAGACCGAAAUCAAAGAUCCAAUCAAUUCAACCACGAUUUUCUCAAAAUGGUGGUUUUAUCUUGUGAUUGCUGCUGUCGUUUUCACUGUCAUUUCUAUUGUAUAUUGCAUUUGCCGCGAAUUGUGCUGGAAAAAUGAGGAAUCUCACCCCCUUCUGCGAUGA